UUUCUCAUUUUCUACUUGGCAGUAGGAAUACCAAGUAAAACUGGAGAUUCUUCGAAGAUCCAGGUUUUUCUAGGACGGAUUUUCUGUUUUUACAGUACAUGUUGCUGUAACGACUUGGCACGAAUCAGGACACUCCCAAAAUGCAGCAACCAGUGAUCGAAGAAGGUGCGGCCUACGAGCCCUCCAUAAGAAGUUACGAUGACCUCUUCCCAGCUCUGCCUGAAUCAUCCAAUCAAACACAGAGUAACAACAGCAUAGGGCAAUGGAGUAACAACAAAAUGAGAGUCGGAUCUUCAAUUAUUACUCAGGUUUUCAGGGUUCCCUUUGAAGAGAGGAAACAAGAAUCCAGUCAGAAAUUUGGCGAAGGCGAAUCUAACCACAUAUGUGGGAAUAUAAUGAAGGAAACCGGCGCCCAUAUUGAGAUUUCACAUGCUAAAGAUCAGUCCCUCACAUUUCUCGUUACCGGAAAACAAAAUGAAGUCCUCGAAGCUAGGCGGAAGAUCUUGACUCAUUUUCAGACACAAGCUAGCAAGCAAAUCCCCAUUCCAAAAGAGCACCACAGGUGGAUCCUGGGUAAGAAGGGCGAACGCUUGAGGGAACUGGAGAAGACCACGGCCACAAAGAUUUUAAUACCACCGAUGAACGACACUUCUGAUGUAAUCACAAUUAAUGGCACAAAAGAGGGCAUCGAGAAAGCCGAGCACGAGAUCAGGGUGACGUCUGAUCAACAGUCGAAAAAGGCAUCAGAACGUAUCAACAUCCCAAAACAUUUCCAUCCCUUCAUAGUGGGGCCCAACAACAAGAAUCUUAACCUCUUGAUUGAAGAAACGGGGGCUAAGAUCAACGUUCCUCCACCGUCAGUGAUGAAAGACGAGAUAUUCAUAGCAGGAGAAAAGGAAGGCGUCAUGGCUGCUAAAGCCAGAAUUGAAGAAAUAUACAAAAACAUGGAAAAAAAAUCGACGACGGUCUCCGUGGAAGUACCAAAGUCACAGCACAAAUACGUCAUUGGGCCAAAGGGACAGACGAUCGCAGAAAUUCUCGAAACAACCGGUGUUAGCGUUGAAAUGCCUCAAAGUUACUUGGCCACAGGUACAAUUACACUCCGCGGCCCCCAUGAGAAACUAGGUCUUGCCCUAAGCGUUGUCUAUGAAAAAGCCAAUUCAGUUCGCUCAAGUGACGUUGACGCUCCCGCUUGGAUCCACAAGUACAUAAUUGGACGUAGAGGCGCUAAUAUUAAAGAAAUCACACAAAACCUGACAAAAGUCCACGUCGAAUUCACGGACAAAGAGGACAAGAUUAAGAUUGAGGGACCUCCGGAAGAAGUGGAGAAGGCACAGGAACAAAUCGAAACCAUGGCCAAGGAUCUGAUUGGUAGGAUGACCUUUACGGAGAUGCACGUUGACCCAAAGCUCUUCAAACACAUCAUAGGAAAAAGCGGUGCCAAUAUUAAUAAACUCAAAGAGGAAUUCAACGUUGUGAUCAACAUAGACGAAAGUGGUUUGGUCCGGAUCGAAGGCAACAAGCAAGACGUGGCCAGCACUCAAGCGGAGCUGGAGCAGAGGAUAUUCAAGUUGGAAAACGAAAAAGAGAAGGACGUCAUCAUAGAACAGCGUCAUUAUAGAAACAUUAUCGGCACUAGGGGGGAAAACAUUAAAGAGGUCAGGGAUAAAUUCAAUCAAGUGCAGAUCUAUUUCCCCGGGCCCGGAGACAGGAACGACAUUGUCAAAGUUAGGGGACCAAAAGAGGAUGUCGAUAAGUGCGCCAGAUACCUGGAGAAGUUGGUUAAGGAACUAAAUGAAUCGUCAUAUCAAAUCGAAGUACCUAUUUACAAACAGUUCCACAAGUUCAUAAUCGGAAAAGGAGGUGCCAAUAUACGUAAAAUCCGUGAGGAUACAAACACGAAAAUCGAUCUUCCCGCCGAAGGUGACAAAAACGACGUCAUCACCAUCACAGGGAAGAGGGAAAACGUUGAGGAAGCCCGCGAGAAGAUCCGCAAGAUCCAGGACGAGCUGGAGAAUAUAGUCAGUGAAGAGAUCACGAUUCCGCCCAAGUUUUACAAUUCCCUUAUCGGUGCUAAAGGAAAGCUUAUCCACUCCAUCAUGGAGGACUGUGGGGGUGUUGCCAUAAAAUUCCCCAGCGCAGACAGCAAGAGCGACAAGGUCACCAUCCGAGGACCCAAGGAUGACGUUGAUCGAGCCAAGCAGCAGCUUCUUGACUUGGCCAAUGAAAGACAGCUUGCUAGCUAUACUGCAGAGGUACGUGCCAAAGCUCAACACCACAAGUUCCUUAUUGGUAAAAAUGGUGCCAAUAUAAAAAAAAUCCGAGAUUCUACCGGUGCCAGGAUAGUUUUUCCUUCUAACAACGAUGAGGAUCGCGAGAUCAUCACAAUCAUCGGCAGGAAGGACGCGGUAGAAGAGGCCAAAGCCGCUCUUGAAACUACAAUUAAAGAUAUCGACAACAUCAUCGAGAGUGUGAUGCAAGUAGAGCCCCGCCACCACAAACACUUUGUGGCUCGACGUGGAGAAGUUCUCCAUAAAAUUGCAGAUGACUGCGGUGGUGUCAUGAUAUCUUUCCCCCGUUCGGGAGUGGAGAGCGAUAGGGUCGUCUUAAAAGGUCCCAAAGAGUGCAUCGAAGCUGCCAAAGCCAGGAUCAACGAGAUCAUCGCCGAUCUGGAGUCUAUGGUGACCAUAGAAUGCAUCAUUCCUCAGAAGUACCACAGGACCGUGAUGGGUGCCAAGGGUCAUAAGGUCCAAGCCAUCACCUCCGACUUUGACGUACAGAUCAAGUUCCCCGACAGGGACAACCUUGAGGAAUACCCCAAUUAUGAACAAGUCAACGGCGACAUCAACUCUGAGCCGGUGCGCCAAUGUGACGUAAUCAGGAUAAACGGCAAGGAGAGCAAUUGCCACCAAGCUAAACAGGCCCUUCUGGAUUUGGUGCCCAUCACCAUCAAUGUGGAUGUGUCCUUCGAUUUACACGGCUCUAUUAUCGGCCAGAAGGGACAUUACGUUAAGGAACUUAUGGAUAAGUAUGACGUCCAUAUCGUAUUGUCGCCACCCGACAUCAAAGAGGAUAUUAUCAAGAUAACUGGGACCGCGGCCAACGUAGAACGUGCCAAAGAAGCCCUGCUGGAUAGGGUGAAGAAAUUGGAGGCGGACAGGAAGAACCGGGAACUGAGGUCGUUUGUGCUGCAAAUUGAAGUCAACCCUGACUACCAUCCCAAAAUUAUAGGGAAACGAGGAGCCGUGAUUACCAAGAUCAGAAAGGACCAUGAUGUGCAGAUCAACUUCCCUAAAAAGGGCGACCCCGAAGAGCACAUUAUAACCAUCACCGGCUAUGAGGACAACACCUACAGUGCCAAGGAAGACAUCAUGAAGAUUGUCAACGAACUGAAUGAACUCAUCAGGAAGGAGAUCGCCAUAGACUCCCGCGUCCACUCCAGGCUGAUUGGGUCGCGUGGACGCAACAUCAGAAAGAUUAUGGAAGAUUAUAACGUCGACAUUAAGUUCCCUCGAAGUGACGAUCCUGAUCCCAACCUGGUGGUGGUUACAGGUCAAGAGGAGAACGUCGUCGAGGCCUGCGAUCACUUGCUCAACUUAGAAGAAGAAUAUUUGCAGGAUGUUGAGGAACAACAAACCCGCGAAAAGCAACACACUCUCAACAUCCUAUUUGACGCAGGUGCACAAAACGCACCGUCACGCGGUAGAGACCCGCAAAAUAACGGGUUCGUGGUUCAGGGAGGUCCGUGGGAACAGAGGGCUCCCAACACAGCCAGCGUGACGGAAUUCCCGUCAUUCGGCCGCGGUCCCGAGCCGCCUCAAGCGGCACCGGCACCCAUCGGCGGAGCCUGGGGAGCUCGCCGUUAAAAUUCUGCCGCCUUCCGCUCACCUCCUAUCAUGUGAUAUGCUUGAUAUAUGUAUUAGUUUUUCUCGGUAUCCUCUCCAUAAUUCCUCGGUUUCCGAGCCGAUGUAAAGUGUGUGUAGUUCUCUAGUGAAGGGUUUACAAGCUCGGGAACGAGGGGCCGUUUAUUAAUUGGGUAAUAAUCAUGUCGGAUUUAAAUCAAGUCACUGCCAAAACAUGUAGGUUAGGAGGCAGAGCGGAGAGGAGGUGAGUUUGGAGUUUCGGCCUUAAGUUACUAACUAAUCAUAGUUGUAAGCUAGUUGCAUCUGCAACCCUCUUCCCUCACUGUUUGCUGCAUUCAUUAAUAGGCCUGGCGACGACACUGGACUCUCGAUAUGGUAACUGAAAUAAAACCAACGCAAGCUGUUUCUUUGACGAUAUUAUGUCUUCCCUGAUCUGGGUGGACAUGCGGCCUACUACUGGCACUAAUAAUGUAGAGAUGUUAUGAUAUUUACGAUUUUAUUUAGUUAGCUGUACAAUAUGUUCACUCCAUCUGUAUAUUGCGGUAGAUAUAAUUUAAGCCUAUUAUGCAUAGCCGUGCAUACUAUUCCGUUAACGGAUAUAUUAUGUAUACAUAUACCUAUAUUUUUAAAGUUUUAUAUAUUUUUAUUUUGUGUCAUAACUUCUCUGCCCUAUGGAAACAAGGCAGUGUAUCGUGCCUUCCUCUCGUUUUUUUUAUAUGACCGUACUGAACUCUCGUCGCUAAUAUUGUGCUGCAUUGUUUUCCGAGAUGAUGGCCCCCUGUAAGGUGUAAAAGAUUUUUUAUCGUAAUUUUUUUUAUUUUGUAUCUAUUAGUAUCGAUUAAUUAAUUACUGUGGUGAUGAUGACGAGACUUGACUGAUUGUGUUGAAUGGGUUUCAACGUUACUUAAUUAUUUUUUGUUUGUGAAUUGAAAUUUUGCUGUUAUGUAUAUAUAUUAUGGUAAUAUAUUAAGUAUUACAUGAGUCCUUGCGGUCGAUUUUGUUAGCCCAGGACUAACCUGAGGGAGAGAAUUAUAUUGAAAAAAAAAAAAAUUACAAAA